AUGGAAAAUCAAGAAAAUUCAAUAAACAUUCAACCUAAUGAUCAUCAUGAAAUUUCAUCAAAUGAUUGUGUCGAAGGACUUACAUUGUCAAUGACAAGAAUAAUUGAAGGGGAUACCUAUCCGAUCUCAGAUAAUGAAUCAGCAACAGAUUCAGUGUAUAUAGCCGACACGAACAAUGUCAUAUUACAACAAAAUAAUAAUGAUGAACAAGGUGAAUUGAAUCGUAAGUAA